CAGAUUCUGAUUUGAUGGCGUAGUAAGAAUACUCACCGCAACUUCCUGUUUGAAGUUGUACGUUACAACAAAGGGAUAGUGUGGUUAUAUUUUAUAAACUUUUUUUUUUCAUGGAGUGUAUAAUGGCGGAUACUACGGCACAGAAGGUUCAGGAAUACAAAGAUUCUUUAAAAACAAAGGCUGAACAACUAUUGCUGAAAGGAUUUCCAGAGAAGAUUGUUAAAUUGAAUGAAUUAUUAGAAACCCCUGGUUUCCGCAACAGGAAAUUGUCAAAUGUUCAUCAAGACUUAAAUGUGCCCAUUCCAGAUCCUAUUAUUCUUAAUCAUUCCGAAAAUGAGUCUACUGCAAAGAAACGAAAGCUAGACAAUAGCAUAGAUGAUACCAGUGGAACCAAAGUGAUGGUGUUACCAAAUGGACCUGUACCUUGUAACAAGCCCCUAUGUGAUCUUAUUCAUAUAGUUAAGCCUUAUAUUCGACAACUAUUAGAAGAUUCUAAUUUGUUGAAAAUGUGGAUUUCAUUUUUGAUUCCAAAAAUCGAAGAUGGUAAUAACUUUGGUGUGUCCAUCCAAGAAGAUACACUUGCAGAAAUACAAUCAGUGGAAAGUGAGGCUGCUGCAUUUUUCGAUCAGAUAUCUAGGUAUUUUAUCUCUAGAGGAAAGAUUGUUAGUAAAGUUGCAAAGUAUCCACACAUUAGCGACUAUAGAAGAGCAGUUCAAGAAUUAGAUGAAAAAGAAUAUGUAAGCCUGUGGCUAGUUAUGUGCGAAGUCCGUAAUCGUUAUUGUUCUCUGCACGAUUUGGUAAUCAAGAAUUUGGAGAAGAUCAAAAAGCCACGUUCUUCCAACGCGCAAUCUUUGUAUUAAACAUUAGCCUCAUAUGCUAUUUCUAUCGGAUGGUGUACAGGAUUGUAUGGGGAAAAAGAAGCAAAACGGAAAAGGAAAAAAGCUACGUGAUAGAGAGAGUGUCAUUCUCGACUUUUCGAUAGAAAAUUUGAAUUUUCCUUUUUUUUUUUUUUUUUUUUUUAAAUUAAAUCGCCUUGACGUUGACUCAUUGACAUUCACUUGAGCCAUAUCCAAAACAAUAAAUAAAUACAUAUAAAAGAAGAUAUAUUCAGCAUCAUUCACGGAAAUAAGUUCAACUACAGUUGAUUACAAAAUUAAUUUUGAAUUUUACAAAAAUUACUACAAAAUUAAUCUACUUAUUAAUUAUUUAAUAUUUCAUUUAUUAUUAAAUACAUAAUUAUUACAAAAUCUGUCAGAAGUUUAAUUUUUCUAUUUUCUUUGCUCUCAUAACGUGGAUUUUUCUUAUUAUCAUAUCUUUUUAAUUUUUACAAAUUCUGCUAUCUAAUUGCACGGUGUGAUGUACUUAUCGAAAACAGAUCCGAGAGUAUUGGAACGUUUAUCUUUUCACCUAUUUGAAUUUAGAAUAUAGUUAAGCAUGUAAUUUGUAAUUUACAGCUGUAAUAUCGUUAGAACAUAAAUCGAGAUAUGACAUA